GCAGACCGUGGCGUAGUGAACGUCGUAUCUCUUUCCAAAAAUGUCGUUGUGUAAAGUGUUAUUACAGUCAGCCAUUGGAAGGUGUAUUUGGAAUAGUCAUCAAUGUAUAAGUACAUCAGUUCCAAUUUAUAGAGAAUUUAGAAAAAAUAAGCGACUAAAUAUCGUCCCCAAGGAUGAUAGAGUGCCUCAGGAGAAAUCAUACGAGAUCGAGCCUGCUUGGACUAAGAAAUGCGAGUUUCCUGAUGAAAAUACAAAUGAUAGACUAUUUAAUGGGAUCAGAUUUGCAGAUAUCCCCACAGUGUACAUCCGUGUCUCACAAAAUAAUACAAUAUUUAUGCUGGCUGAUAACAAAGAUGUUCCUGUAGCAACACGAUCAUGUGGUAUGGAAGGUUUCAAAAAUUGUAAGAAAGGAACAAAUAUAGCUGCACAGGCUACAGCAAUUUCUUUUAGCACGAGGAUUAAACGAAAAGGAUUUGACCAAGUUCGAGUAGCAAUAAAAGGCUUGGGUCCUGGCCGCAUGGCAGCUAUAAAAGGUCUUGAAAUGGGUGGUUUGAAUAUUAUUUCCAUAACUGAUAGAACCCCUUAUGUAAUUGGAGGAAAUCGACCCAGGAAAGCAAAGAGACUUUAAUUUUGAAUAAGAUAAAGCUUCAGUUCUUUCAUGUUGUGUAUCACAGACAACUUCUGAAUGUCAGUUUCAAUCAUCAUGCCUUCAUUUAUUGUAGACAUUGUCCUUUUUAAAUGUAAUUAAUCUUUUGUAAAGAGAAAUCAUUAAUAAAGAUAAAAAUUUUUAAAUACAA